GACUGGAGAUUACCAUGCACAGAGAAGCCUGGAGGGCUACAGUCCAUGGGGGUCGCAAAGAGUUGGACACUACAGAAGCAACUUAGCACGCAGGCACGCACACAGACUUCAGAAUCAACUGUAUGUGAUUCUAUAGCAAGAGCUGUGAAUUCUAAAGAGACAGGAGAUAUUACAGGGCGUGCCAGCAAAAACCGCAAUGCAGCUGGUUUAGAUGGAGCAAAGAGGACAUGAAGAGAAUGUUAAUAACAAUAACGGUGAUAAUGAUGAUUGUUCUUUAUCAACCCCCUCCCAUUUCCUGUCGCAUUUGAUGGUGGGCAGAUCCACAGCUCACAUUUAUUGAGUAUGGUUCUGACAAAGCACCAAACAAAGCACUUUGCAUGGAUCACCUGUUUCAUUCCUCACAACAACCCUUUAAAUAAGUACUGUUAUUAGCCUCACGUUUUUGAAAUAAAAUGAGGCUUAGGUGGCUUAGGUGACUACUGAAGCUUGACGCCUAGAAAACAUCCUCCAUGUCUGCGAUCGCCACCAACACGAGGUCCACUAGCGGCAUCCCAGCAGGCACCGCGCCUGCGUGCGUCGCCCACGCAAGCUUCUUAAAGCCGGAUCAGAUGAAGCCGGUUCAGGCCUCGGCGUCUCAGAGAGCAGGCGCCCUCUCAGCUCUUCCUCCGAAGAUUCCGCAUUUGGCAGCCUUCAGAGAAACCACACGACAACUUCAGAAGAGAUCUUUAAAAUUUGAGCUCGAUCCUUCCCACUCCUUUGCAGUUUCCCAGAUCUUGAGACUCAAGUCUUUGAAUGACAAGAACAAAGUGGGCUUUGUACACUUGCUGGUGCCAUUUGUGGCAGAGAAGGACUUUCUCGGAUUGCUUUGGGAUGAUGAAGAGCGUGUCUCUCAUCCAAGAACUGAAAUGAUACCUUCAGGUGUUGCAUACUCCAAAGAGUUAAAAUGGAUCAGUAAAUCAGUGGAGGGAUACUCUCCCUAAAGAACUUACUUUCCAGGAAUAAAGAGGAAACAAAGGUGUGAUGAUAAAGAAGAGGAGAGAAAGAGAGAAGGGAGGAGGAGAGAGAGAGAGAGAGGAGGAAGAGGAAGAAGGCAAGAAAUGAUGAAAGAUUCAGAAGAGACACGAGGAUUAGGGACAUCGGUGGAGGUGCUCCAGGGACUCUGCACUCUGCUGGGAAUUGGUGACGUCUUCUUAGAGGAUGCUGGCCCAAAAGAGUUUCACCUUAGAGACUGAAUAUGCAAAUGGAAAGACCGUGUGUGUCAACAGAAUCCUGAGCCACCUCUCGCCAAACAAAACACAUCUGCUGGCCGGAUCGAGCCUGUGGGUGGGCUUCUAAUUUGCAAGCUCUGGUCUAGACUGACUAAUUCAAGCUUUGGAACCUGCACCGCCACUCCCAUUCUGCCCUGUGACCUAGUGGAGGGACAGGAUCUCUGCUAGGGCAGUGGCUCACAAACCUAGCUACACAUUAAAGUCUCUCCUAGCUACCUGGGAAAAUAAAACAUGUCCUGAUGCCCAGCUCCGUGUCAAGAGGUUCUGAUUUGGCUGGUGCACUGAGGCUCACCAGCAAAUAUCCAAUCAGAUUUGAGCUUCCCCGCACAAGGGCAAGAGCAAAGAGCCAUGUUUGGAGAAGGAGAUGUUCUUGGGAAGAGAGUGCCCAGAAGUCAGAAAAUCAAGGCCAGGCCAGAAACCCCUGUCAACAUGUGAAUUUGCCUUGCUUCCUGCAGCUCUGUGUAACAGUCACGCGAACAGCUAUAAGGAGUUUGACCUUGAUAAAAGUUUUGUCUUCCAGUUUCCUUCAGAUAUCUCCAGGCCAUCACUACAUUCUCCCAGCCUAGUGCAGGCGGCGACAAUGGUUUUUGUGUGGCGGGGAGGGGAGUGGAACAAGGGACGAAGGAAAGACGUCUUGUUCCUGCUGAUCUCCUCCAUGAAUGUUCACGCAGCGAAGCAGCAUCCCCCUGAUGGGAUUGAAACCCAAUGGGAGGGAAGACUUUGCAACCUGAGAGGCUGUGUCAGACUUCCUGAGCUGCAGUGAAGGCAUAUCACCUCUUUUCCCCAUUCCAGAGGAAAGUGAGUGCUGCAGCUGGGGUGAAGGGGUAGUACUUAAGUGAUGAACAUCUUUGCUACCUAGCCCAGGGUUUAGCACAUGGUGGCCCAUGAAUGCUUGUUGAAGGAAUGGAGAGAAAGAGAGGAUAUGGGGGAGUCAGCGACUGUCUUUACCACCUUUCUGCCCUUUGAGGCAGUUCUUACUCUUCUUCCUCCCUCCCCAUGAGCAAACCAGGGGUCUGUAUGGGAACUGGGUCCACUAAACUUUGUUUUCCAUGAGCUGCUGGGCUUUCCAGCAAGUUCACAAGGUGCCAGUGUGGUUUCAUACAAAGGCUUCACUCACAUAUAUUAAUUCACCCUUAACAUACAGGAAGACACCAGUGAGAUUUUAUAGUGUGUGGUGGGUUUUUUGAACCAGGAACCAGAUUCCCAGUUUCCCUUGCACCUACUCUUUCCCUUUGAAGUCAACAGGAGCCCUGCUCAGGGUGUCUAGAGAGAAACAAGGAUCUGGUCUAAGUGAAUUGUUAGGAAAAUGCAUUAAAGUACUAAAGUAAGAUUAUGUUACCCAGAAAAAAUACACUUUGGCCAACAGAAACGGCAAUCAGAGCCAUCUGAAGGGGGUCCUGUGGUCAGAGAAAAGAAGAAAACAUAUUUUAAAAAUUCAAUUAAUGUGUUCAGUUGCCUCAAAGGAAAUAAAGGCCCAUUGUCUUUUAUGUGUUUAAAAUAUGAAUCGCCAAUUAAUGAUGAGAUUGGCAAAUUGCUCUACAAUUAAAAACAUAGAAAUGUUGUUUAAGGCUAUUAGAAUAAUUGUCAUAUGUUAAUUAUGGGUUGAUGGAUUUUGCCAGCAACUACCUUUUCAGUUUGAGCUUUUCUGAACAGAAUCCAAACCCAUAAAGACGUUGAUAUAAUAAAAACU